AUGCGCCCCCCGAGCGACCCCAGCUCGGGGCCACCCACCUGCCCCCCCACCCCACUGCCCUUUUGCCGUGUGGCUGAAGCCCCAGAGGGUCUGGGUUUCUGCAAACGUGUGAAUGAGCCGGGCCCCUGCUGCCCCCCGCCGCCCGGCGCCCGCCAGGAGCUGGAGGCCCGGCAGCAGCCGCCACCUGAGCCCCCCGCCGGCCCCCCGGCCCGAGCCCGCAGUGGCCCUCUGGAUGAGGACAGAGAGCCGGAGAGCAGCCGGAUACAGCGUGCGCAGAUGGCAGCACUGGCCGCCAUGCGGGCGGUUGCAGCGGGCCUCGGACACCCACCCAGCCCCAGCGGUGGCUGUGAGGAUGAACCCCCGGGCUCUGAGGACGAGGACACGGCAGCCUUGGAGGGGGCACCGGGCUCACCUGCCCCGCCUGGUCGAGGCAGGGAAGGGCCAGGACACGCCGAAGGGGACGGGCGCUUUGAGGACGUGGGCUCUGAUGAGGACAUGAAGCAGACCUGGGAGGAGGAGGAGGAGCUCGAGGAAGACCUGGCAGACGAGGACGAGGAUGAGGAGGAUGACUAUGAGGACGAGGAGGAUGACGAGGAGGAGGGGCUGGGCCCCCCAGGCCCUGCGAGCCUGGGCUCGGGUGCCCUGUUCUCCCGAAAGGCGCAGCCGCCCCAGCCGUUCCGUGGUGACGGCGUACCCCGGGGACUGGGCGGCCAGGAGCGCCAGGGGCCCGGCCCGGCCCAUCCCGGGGGAGCUGCCCACGUGGCACCCCCCCUGCAGCCGCCGGACCACGGGGACUGGACCUACGAGGAGCAGUUUAAGCAGCUGUACGAGCUCGACGGGGACCCCAAGAGGAAGGAGUUCCUGGACGACUUGUUCAGCUUCAUGCAGAAGCGAGGGACACCCGUGAACCGCAUCCCGAUCAUGGCCAAGCAGGUGCUGGACCUGUUCAUGCUGUACGUGCUGGUGACGGAGAAGGGCGGCCUCGUAGAGGUCAUCAACAAGAAGCUAUGGCGGGAGAUCACCAAAGGCCUCAACCUGCCCACCUCCAUCACGAGUGCCGCCUUUACCCUACGCACCCAGUACAUGAAGUACCUGUACCCCUACGAGUGUGAGAAGCGUGGCCUCAGCAACCCCAAUGAGCUCCAGGCAGCCAUCGACAGCAACCGGCGGGAGGGCCGGCGCCAGAGCUUCGGGGGCUCCCUCUUCGCCUACUCCCCAGGCGGGGCUCACAGCAUGCUGUCCUCGCCCAAGCUGCCCGUGCCCUCGCUGGGCCUGACCGCCAGCACCAAUGGCAGCUCCAUCACCCCAGCCCCUAAGAUCAAGAAAGAGGAGGACUCAGCCAUCCCCAUCACAGUCCCUGGACGCCUGCCAGUCUCCCUAGCAGGCCACCCCGUGGUGGCAGCCCAGGCAGCAGCAGUACAAGCAGCAGCAGCCCAGGCAGCCGUGGCAGCACAGGCAGCUGCCCUGGAGCAGCUUCGGGAGAAGCUGGAGUCUGGGGAGCCUCCUGAGAAGAAGAUGGCACUGGUAGCUGAUGAGCAGCAACGGCUCAUGCAGCGAGCUCUGCAGCAGAACUUCCUGGCCAUGACAGCCCAGCUGCCUAUGAGCAUACGGAUCAACAGCCAAGCCUCCGAGAGCCGCCAGGACUCAGCUGUGAACUUGACCAGCACCAACGGGAGCAACAGUAUUAGCAUGUCAGUCGAGAUUAACGGCAUCAUGUACACAGGAGUGCUGUUUGCUCAGCCGCCGGCCCCCACGCCACCCUCAGCUCCCAACAAAGGCGGCGGCGGGAGCCGGGGAGGAAGCAGCGGGACCAGCAGCAGCUCAGGCAGCCAGGCCGGGCCGGCGGGGUUGUCCACAGCCCCCACGUCUUCUACCUCAAAUAACUCGUUGCCUUAACCGCAUCACUCCCCACCCACCACCCCCCGGAAGCCUGCCAGACUGGGCAGGGGGUCGAGGUGGACCAAGCAGGGGCUAGGAUGGCGGAAGAUACGGGUGGGGAGGGGAGAUAUCCACAAAAGAGCCACAGCUGACGCCAAAAAAGCAGAGAAAAAAUAUAUAUACAUAUAUAUAUAAAGAAAAUUUAAUAAAACAGGGGAAAACCAAGGAACACUUGAAUUUCUCAGGUUUCGGACAUUCAGAGAGAUGAAUUGAGACAACAGCAAAGGAAAUCUGAAAAGAGAGAGGCAGAUCUAAUCUUUCCUAGGGUUUUCCUGCAACCCUAGUGGACUGAUGACUCUGGUGUCUGCUUUGGACCAGUCGCAAUGUAAGGCCAAUCCUGUUUACCUCAUACAUCCCUGCACUGUGUGUUUUCAUUUUUUGUCUUUUUUUUUUUAAUUUUAUUCAU